GCGAGCGGAUAACGCUCGUGAAGUUGUUUGAUUUGAGUUUCGGCAGUUCACAGUGGGCUCAGAUCUGAGGCGAUUCGACAAUAUUUGAAUCUCGCCUCUCCGGUUGUCUCAGUUGAGAAUGAAGAACCGACGCUACGACUUCGAUGGCCAACGCAAGUGGUGGGAGUUUUGGAAAAUGGGUGAUCAGAGUAAUGGAUCCCUCUCUGCGGUGGAGAUGCCUGAGAGAGCGGCUGAGCCCACGGAACCUCAACCUGUCGAAGAGGAGAUCCUCGUGGCUGACAAUUGGGAGGAGCUCGACGCUGCUUACAAAAUGGAACCCGACUUCGAGUACGAUGAACAGUACGGGGAACCCACUCCGUAUGACCCGGAAUUCAGAGGUCCAGUCUUCCGAAGGAGCUGCACCGAUGUCCUUUUCCUCAUACUUUUCAUCGUAUUCGUCAUAGGAUGGGGAGCCAUUGCGUUUUUAGCGAUCAAAAAUGGCAACAUAGAGCGCGUCAUCCAUCCUUCGGACAGCAAUGGAAACCUCUGUGGUACCGGAGAGAAUGAGAAGAAGCCCUAUCUCUUCUUCUUUGAUCUAUUCAAGUGUAAGGUGAAAUUCGAGACCGACGAAUGGAUACCAAGCGCAAAAUGUCGCACACCACAGGUGUGCGUGGAGCAAUGCCCGACGAAGACGUUCAGCACAACGAGCUAUACGUCGGAUCCCGAGAACGCCGCGGAAAUAAAACGACACAUGAUCUGUGUUCCCGGGACGGACAUGUCGAAAUCCAUCUCGGAGCUCACAACGGGGAAGCCCGCCAGUUGCGCAUACUAUUACAUCGCCAGCGUUAGCAUCGGAGGCCGCUGCGUCCCAAGUCCCACGACAGUGACGGAUGAAUUCAAGAUCGGCGAAACUUUCACUGUCAGGGACGAGGAAGACAAGAAAGAUGUGAGCGGCGACGAAUUGGUCGAGAAAGCGAAGCGAAAAAUGGACAGGAUUCUCAAUGCGCGCAGAUACAUUGAGCGUCUUCUGGUCGAUCUCAGUAACACAUGGAAAAUUAUCCUCAUUGGUUUGGUGUGUUCCAUGGUGUUUGCUUUAAUUUGGAUCGUGCUCAUGAGAUUCGCUGCGGGGUGGAUGAUCUGGCUUGGAAUCCUAAGCAUUCUGGCGCUCCUGAUUGCAAGCACCGCGUUCUCCUGGGUAAAAUAUGUUUCGCUGAAAGGAGUACCGGGAGCUGAUGAAGGUUUAGGAUUCUCACGAAAGAUCUCCUACUACACUGGAAGCCGGCAAACCUGGCUCAUUUUGGGCGUGAUCUCAUCGAUUCUACUCUUCAUCCUUCUAUUCGUCAUCAUUUUCCUCCGAAACCGGAUCCGGAUCGCCAUAGCGCUCAUCAAGGAAGCUGCGAAAGCAAUCGGAUACAUGCCCACGGCUUUGGUGUUCCCUGUUUUCCCCUAUCUCCUGCAGCUCUUCGUAUUCCUCGCCUGGGCUGGCAUAUCACUCCUUUUGAUAUCACUGCCAUCGGGUGACUCCGCCAUCGAUUCUGGGACCAAUAACACGAGUGUUUUCGAGAAAUGCAUCGAGGGCAUGGGAGGCUACUCUGCUUUCAACAACAAGACCUGCCUGGUUGGAGACAAGGCCCUGAGCUCCCACGUGAACUACACGCACAUAUACAAUACAUUCGGGCUGUUCUGGGUCAUCGCCUUCAUCGUGGCCUACGGAGAAAUGAGUCUCGCUGCCUCCGUCGCGAGCUACUACUGGACCCGUCAGAAGAAGGACAUACCGACGUUGACCGUCGCGAGCGCAAUGUGGACCACGACCCGUUAUCAUCUUGGAACAUUAGCAUUCGGAUCUCUAAUCAUCGCUGUGGUAUCAUUCAUCAGAGCCGUGAUCGAGUACCUUGAGAAGAAGGUGAAAGCUUACGAUAAUGAGAUCUCGAAAGCCAUUAUCUGUUGCUGUCGAUGCUGCUGUUGGUGUUUGGAGAACUUCCUGCGUUUCGUCAAUCGAAAUGCCUACAUCAUGUGCGCGAUUUACGGCAAGAACUUCUGUACAUCCGCGAAAAAAUCAUUUUUCUUGUUGAUGCGCAACAUCGUUCGCGUUGUUGUGGUAGACAAGGUCACCGACUUUCUCCUCUUGGCGUCGAAGCUCGCUGUCGUGGGUUCUUCGGCUGCGGUUUCGUACUAUGUGUUCUCAGCGAGCGACGAAAGGCUCAACGAAUACAUACCCACCUUGAAUUACCCGCUUUUCCCCGUGUGCCUGAUUGCGGUCGGAUCGUACGUGAUCGCAACAUGUUUCUUCGACGUUUACAACAUGGCGGUAGAUACACUCUUCCUCUGUUUCUUGGAAGAUUGCGAACGCCACGACGGCUCGAGGGAGAAGCCUUACUUCAUGUCUAAAGAACUCAUGCUCAUCCUGAAGAAGAAGAACGUCAAGCCGACGGAUCCGAGCGCGCCAAAACAAGAGUAGGCAUUGAAUCGUAGCUUGAGAAUAUCCAGUUCUCAUGCACAAGCCAUGAAGUUUCGAGUCGCGGAUCGUUGACGGCCACUGACUUCACUCCACCGGGUAGCUCUACUUCUUAAACUACGUGUAAAAAAUAUUUAAACGCUCGUACAUACAACUUUGGAUUCGACUGUAAAAGAUGUGUGAAAGGAAUUUGAUUGAGCCACUACGGAGUUUGCUCGAGAACUUCAAGAGGAAACGAAUGAGUCACACGAGGAAUAACUUCAACGGUUGGAAAGUCCAAUUUGAACAACCGAGGCAUUUUAAAAUAUUGACAAGUAUUUGUAUAUAUAUACCUAUGUGACUGAACUGCCUUAAUAAAUCCGAGUUGAGCGUCGACU